GCGCUCGUGGAGCCGGUGCCCGUAGUCACUGGUCAUGGUGACGCUGUAGAGACUUGAGCACGCAGGGCUCUGAGGGGAGGCGAAUUUGAGAACUUUCUCUGUGUGAUGCAGAAGAAAAAGGAAAAUUUAUGUUUGUUUAAACAUAUUCGCUUCAUGGUCUUUCAACAACGCCGCUGCAGGGGAAAAAGCGUCUUAGGACCGCCUUAAGGAGUUUACAGCAACCGGCCCGACGACGACGCUCGAAGCGGGGAGACCGCGCUAAGCUAGCUGGCUAACUGUCUCCGAGGACUUACCGGGACCGACUGUCUGACAGUUAUUUCGGAGCGAGGGCGACGGCGGCGGGGGUUGGCGGUGGUGCCCCCCGAACUACGCUUUUCCUUUCUCCGGACUGGUUGAGGACAAAGGGCCGCUGUGUCGCCCUAGAGCGGCCGCCUGCUUCCCUGGCCGGGGCUGCGGCUCCGUAGUGCCGGGGAGAAGAACACGACGCAGACCGCUGCCGACUGAGAGGCCCCCCGGGUGACAAUGCUUGGGAUUAUGGCCGAGCAUCAAGACACGAUACGGAAGUGCAAGGCGGAGUCCCCGCCUCAGGAGAGGAGGAAAAGGACUGUAGAGGAUUUCAACAACUUCUGCAGCUUCGUCCUGGCCUAUGCUGGCUACAUUCCCUCCACCAAAGAGGAAAGGCCAUGGUCCCCAGCAUCCUCCAGCUCCCCACACAGCUCCGGAGCCUCGGGCGAAGGUGGUGUCGGGGCAGUUGGCGGAGGGGGAGCAGGCUCGGACCUGCGCACCAUCCACACGUUCGUGCGGAAGGCUCGUGCCAACAAGGGCAAAGCCCCCCACCACAGGCCGCACCUGGAGGGCACAGCGCUAGACAAGAUGCGGUUGAAGGACUCCCUGUUUGAGGGCCGGUCGGGCAGCAAGGCGGAGCACAAGAAGGACAGGAAGCUGAAGAAGCUGUCCCUGGGCGGUGAGAAGAGGGCGCGCAUCAAGCGCAGCAAGAGCCCCAAGCUGCCCAAAGGCCCCAAGAAGCCAAAGAGCUCAGUGAAGAGUGAGACUGACUCAGAGACAGGCCCUGCUCACAGGGAGGAGCUGGACGUAGGGGGGGACAUGUCGGAUCAGAGCAUGCAGCUGCCUCGGCCGGAUCUCAAGGAGAUGCUGGAGGAGGAGUCGACCCGAGAGGCGGAGAUGAGCUCGAGCGAAGGAGAGACGUGGAUCGCGGAUGAGGAUAUUAUGGUGGAGUCGGGUGACGACUCGUGGGACCUGAUUACCUGUUACUGCGGGAAGCCCUUCGCUGGGAGGCCCAUGAUCGAGUGUAACCAGUGCGCGGUCUGGGUGCACCUCUCCUGUGCCAAGAUCCGCAAGUCCAACGUGCCGGACGUUUUCUACUGCCACAAGUGCAGGGACUGCCGCCAGGACCGGCGCCCAGCUCACCGGAAGGACCCCUGAGCGCGUCGGGGACCCUCUGCCGUCCCUUCCUCCACGCUCUGAGAUGGGUCACACAUCCAUGGCGCCUGCCCACCCCGACCCCGUUUCUGAGAAGCUAUCUUUAGGUCACCUGUACGUGGUACUUUCCUGAAGCCCUGUCCUCUCUGGGAAUACAAGGUGACUCCCCUGCAGGGAGGGGGGUUCUGGAACACUGCUGGGAUACCCCAGGAUGAUGAUAAUCUGCCCUGUGUGGUCAGUGUUGCCUGAAGAAUCGAAAGACUAUGAUCAUUGCCUAUCCAGGUGGCCCAGCAGGGACUAGCCGCUAAUGCUGGUGUUCUCAUCAACUCUCAGCUGUUACACGGGCGCGAUGAACAGAUGCCACAUACUCUUAUGGAGACACAUGUAAAGCAGUAACCAAAAGCCAUAUCCUCAGCUAUCCUACUGAUCUCUGUCUGUUACUGAGGUUGCGUGGAUGUCUGACUACAGUUCCCGUGAUGCAACAGGCUCGGCUCAGUUUGCAGUUUCUGACCUCAUGCCUCGUCCCAGUUCUUAGCAAAUGAGAGAAUUCUCUAGGUUCCGUAUGGGGUGAAUUGGACCUGUUGGAAGCUAAUAAAUGAGUAAUUUGCAGCUGUAAGCUGGUGGGAUGUGACCCUGGUUCUAUGCUAGGACGAUGUUCUUGCUUGGUGUCCCAGCCAGCAGUGCAGGAUCCCGGGACUCAUUGCAUCACUCUAACAGUCUCUGUCCCUGGGCAAGCAGAAACCAUCAAUAUUUUUUGACUGUACGAAAAUGCAUUCGGUGGGUUUCUACAAAGCUGCAGACAGCCAAACUGCCCUGCUAAUGGGGUUUGUAUUGUAUGUUUUUAAUUAAAAAAAGAAUCUGCUUUUGUGUCAGACAACCUGGUCUCAGGUAUCGUAUCCUAACAUUGAAGGACAGUAACUGAACUUCGCCCAUAAAUCCCAUGAUUGAAAUUCAUAUAAUACUUCUUUAGUAUUAAUGUGGGGCUGAGUGUGCUGGCACUCCUAAAAGAGACCCCCCCCCCCCUUCAUAAUCGCUGUUAUAAUUGUCGGUAUCAUGAGAUGCUAUUUUCCAUUCCCCUACAAACUUAUGUUAGUCUCCAUGUCUCCGGUCUAAGUGCUGCUUUGAUGUUUAGUUGAGCUUGCUGGUAUUAUCCAUAAUUAGGAGUUUGCUGUUGUGAAGAGAAUCAGCUGAAAUGUGUUGAUGUGAAUUGAAUGGGUUCGUGGGUCAGUCCUGGCCCUAGAAGGUCUGGGUCCCCCCCCCCCACCCCCCCCCGCCGAUUGCCUACUCAAAAAAGCGGCACGUAAGCACAAAAUGGCUUGUACAUGUCAGUGGAGCGUCUGGAAACAGCUGCCGCGUUCUUCCACUAGAGGGAGCAGCAUUGACAAGGUGAUGCAUACUGCAGGUAAACUAAACGCGAUUCUCGGCUUCCUCCAGAAUUCGUCCCUUCACAUUUUAAUACAUAGGCCUAUACUUAUAUAAACAUACAAAACUGGGAGAGCGUGAGGAUUUUUAUUAUUUCAAAUACAGGCUUAAACACUUUUUUGAUGCAUUGUGAAACAUUUUAAGAUUGUUUCAGCCUUUUGCAGUUAUGGGUGCUUUGUGGUCGAGGCUGGUUGUGUCUUUGAAACGUGUUGAGGAUACCCGACCGCAGAGAAAGGAGGCGUUGCAAUUGUAAUUUAAUGGUUCUCAGUUUUUGCUUUUCUCUUUGUCUUGUAAAAAGAGUUGACUGCUCCAGAAACAGUAUAGAAUCGUUAUUAUUAGUUUACGUAUCUAACUCUUUUGAAAGCCUUUUUUUCUUUUAAGUUAUUUUGUGUAUAGAAAAGUUGACGCUGCUGGUUAUACUUUCCUUUUCGUUUGGGUUAUGUUGCUAUGGGAGUUUUGGGGAAAGUCACGCCCUUACCCGCCACACUGAACAUCCCGCGUUUCGGUACAUUUACUUUAAGUCCUUCCAGUAUUUGUAAAUAUGUCAUAAAUGUAAAAGAGUGGAAGAAAGCCAAGUAAAUGCUAUAUUUUUGGCAUCAUAUAUUGUCUCUUUAGUAACUAGCUUGAGAAAUAAAGACUUUGCUUUCUUUUCGA